CUCGUUCCUGGUUAGUGACGAGCUCCCAAUGGACAUGUUACUAGGUAUGUACUACCUCUCUGUAGCACAGCCAUAGUUUGACUGAGACCAAAAAGUGGUCAAACACACGUUGCUAGGUGGAGGGACCGCCAGAUUACAAAAGUUCAAAGUUAGUAGUCUGAUUGAGUCUUAUGGGUGCAUGUGUGCGGCCGCAUUCUAUAAUUAUUAUAAGCAAAAUCAGGAGGAGGGUAUGUACUUAGUCUAUGUCUCUGCUGCAAGCGAGCCGGUGAAAAUGCCACCAGAAAUAGAGGGAGCAGUUGCUAAGUACCCUGAUCUAUUUGAAGAGCCGACAGGGAUUGUUGAGAGGGAGGUCGUCCACGCGAUAGAGAUUAUCCCAGGGUCUAGUAUUCCAAGGGGUAGGAUCUAUCGGAUGUCUCCAGGCGAGCUUGAUGAGCUUCGCCGCCAACUCAAGGAACUCGUAGAGAAGGGUUGGAUCCGGCCGAGUGUCUCUCCUUAUGGGUCUCCAGUUUUAUUCGUGCCUAAGAAGAAGGAGGGAACUCUAAGGAUGUGCAUUGAYUAUAGGGGCCUCAAUGCCAUCACGGUGAAGAACAGAGAAUCCCUACCGCGCAUCGAUGAUCUGUUAGAUAGAGUGCAAGGGUGUCGGUACUUCAGUAAAAUAGAUCUGAAGUCCGGGUACCAUCAGAUUGCAAUCCGGCCCGAGGAUCAACACAAAACCGCAUUUCAGACCAGGUACGGUCUAUACGAGUUUGUGGUGAUGCCUUUUGGUCUUUGCAAUGCUCCUGGCACCUUUCAGCACGCUAUGAAUCGGAUAUUCCAUGACUACUUGGAUAAGUUUGCCGUUGUGUACCUCGAUGACAUACUUAUUUUUAGUAAGACUGUCGAGGAACACGUAGCACACUUAGACAAAGUUCUCAGUCUCCUGCGACAUCACCAGUUCAAGAUCAAUGGUGAAAAGUGCGAGUUUGGCCGCACCCGUAUCUUGUACUUAGGGCAUGAGAUCUCCGCGGAAGGGUUGAAGCCCGAUGACGCGAAGGUGGCCAGCAUUCGUGAUUGGCCACGUCCUCAGUCUGUGACUGAGAUGAGAUCUUUCUUAGGAAUGACAGGCUACUAUAGGACUUUCGUUAAGAACUAUAGCAUUGUGGCCGCUUCUUUGACUGAUCUGACCCGCCUUGACACCCCUUGGGAGUGGACAGAUGAGUGCGAGGCUGCUUUCAGACAUCUGAAGCAUGCAUUGACGCACUAUGAAGUCUUGAAGCUACCCGAUCCUGAUAAGCCAUUUAUAGUAACCACGGAUGCUAGCCAAUAUGGCAUUGGCGCCGUGCUUGCGCAGCAGGAGGGGCCAAAGUUGAGGCCAGUAAAGUACAUGUUCAAGAAAAUGCCGUCUCAAAAGUUGGCUAAGUCCACUUAUGAGAAGGAACUCUAUGCGGUGUACAAGGCUCUCACCCAUUGGAGACAAUACCUCCUUGGGCGGUUCUUCAUCCUCCGGACUGAUCAUCAGACCCUGAGAUGGAUGAGAACACAGCCGGUACUCUCUGACGCUCUCAAGCGUUGGAUCGAAGUCAUUGAGCAAUAUGACUUUGACCCUCAGUAUCUCAAAGGGGAGGACGUCAGGUUCACGAGUGAAUUAUGGAAGGCCGCUGCAGCUGAACAAGGAACUCAACAGCAGAUGACCUCUGGAAAUCAUCCAGAAGCUAAUGGCCAGGCUGAACAAAUGAAUCGCGUUGUGCAACACCUGUUGAGGCACUACAUCAAGCCCAAUCAGGUAGACUGGGACGAAAAGCUUGCUCUAGUCACUAGUCUAUAUAACAACGCUGUGCACAGUGCUACCGGGACGAGUCCUAACAGUCUACAACUGACAUUCAAGCCUAGACUGCCCUUAGAUUUCCUACUUCGAGACAACCAACCGACUGCUACACCGGGCACUCUGGAGUUCGCCUAUAGAUAUGAACAGAAGAUGCAGGAGGCUGUAGAACACAUGCAGAAGGCACAGGCAGCAAUGAUAGAGUCUGAGAAUAGACACCGCCGCCCUUCUACAUUUCAGGUAGGGGACAUAGUCUGGGUCAAAUCUUCAGAACUGGGACAGGAGUUCGGGAUAUCCCGCAAACUCAUGCCUCAGUACUUUGGACCCUGGGAAGUUUUAGACGUAGUAGGGACAGAUCCUGAUGGUCCAUCAUAUGUCAUCCGUAUCCCUGGUCAUCUCAUAACUUACCCAGUCUUUCACGCCUCUAAGCUCGCUGCAUUCAAGGAAACUGAUCAGUUUCCCUCUCGUCGAUCCAUGUUGCCCCCAACCAUGGACGGAGAAGUCGACAUCGAUGAUAUCGUUGACCACAGGGAGAUGCCUGUUCAAAAGCCUCCAGGAAGGGGACGUCCUCCAAAGCCAAAGCUGCAGUUCCGAGUCCACUUCAGACAUCAUACAGAUCCGAAGGAGGACCGCUGGUUUACUCGGGAGGAACUGAUACAGACCGCUCCUCAAAUCGUUGUCCGCUAUGAGAAGGAUGUACUGAAAGGAAAGCGCCAGAUGGCUACAGAUUGAUCUUCGAAGAGGACUAACGAAGAUAUGGAGGAGGGAAUGCGAGGCUACGCCCGCUUAGCCCUACGGGGCCCUAUCUGCAACAAGGUCGGCCGCCCUAAGUGAAGGCAGGCACGACAGGCCCUUCGGGCCUCAUUCUUCAGGGUACCCCGCAACGGGGAAAUUCAAACAGUUGCGUUGCGCCAGUUGGUUGAAUGAAUCCAGGCCCUGGGC